ACCUAAGCAUCCCCUCUGGGUUAUAUGGCGCAUUUGAGUGCCUCCUCGUCCGAAUUUAAGAUCAAAACCCACCCGCUUGCAGAGAAAGGCAAUUCCGAAAACCCCUUCACUCUUCACCCUCCUCUUCAUUUCACUAUGUUUUUUCUUCAUUUCACUAUGUGACUAUGGGAGUGCAUUCUAAAUCGGCAACACUCAGAUUAUAACCCUAAUUUGUUUUUUAAGGGUGCUGAUCAUCAAUGGCUGAUUUAGCCGAAAGCUCUUCAAUGCCUCCCAAGGACGACAAGCCAGUGAUUGUUAGGGUUAAACGGAAAGCUACCCACUCGCCGCUUGAAGCUUUCUGGCUAGAAAUCAACGAAAGACCAUUGAAGCGGCCGUUGCUGGACUUUGGGAAGCUAUCUAUUUCUGAUUCACGUGAGAAAGAAGAACUGAAAGCCAAAAAGGUUUUCGUACAACAUGUGGAGACAAUAAGCAACCCGGCGGUCACGGUGGAUGUCUUGCAAUCAUUUGUGCCUAAUGUUGAAGAGGAUGCAGUUGCACAUAGAGCAAAAAAUGAGGAACGAAGACGCCCUAUUAAGAUGGAUAACCCCAAACAAGAUCAAUUGCUGGUUAAAGCGAAACAGAAGCAAGAGCUUUUGUCAAAAAAUGCUCGUUUUGAACAAAUAUGGAGGAGCAGAAAGGGGAAAGGGGGAGCAUUGCAUGAUGAAGCAUUACAUGAAAUGUGUCACCUUUACGAUGUUGUCCGUGUUGAUGUUGAAGAAACAACCAAUCAGCUUAAGGCGCAGGAAGAUGAAGAUUUGGAGGACCACAAGAUUAUGGCUAGUUAUUUGCCUCUGUUAAGGGAGUUCAUUCCUAGUGCUGCUGCGGAGAUCGAGUCUGAUAUUCAUUCUUACAUGUCCAAACAAGCAUCCGUGGAUAACUAUGUGUAUGACUUGUAUGCUGUGAAGGAUGAUGCCAACAUGACUGAGGAAAAUGCUGUGAACCCAUUUCCUUUGGUACAAGUUGAUGAUGAUGAUGGUUUCUAUGAUGGCCCCGAUGAAUCAGAAUAUGAAAGUGAUGAUUCCAAUGCUGAAGAUAAUCCGCUGAAUGAUUAUCCGGAUGAGGAGGCAUCUGAAGAUGAGGAGGAGGUUGAGAGCAGAACCUCAAAUGAUGAAUCAGAAGAACUUGAUGCUGCCAGUAGUAAUUCUUCAGAACAUGAAGAUAUGGUUCAACAUGACAGGUCUGGAGAUGGAGACCCAUUGUAUGAAGGUGAUAUUUAUGGUGAUGAUGAUGGUGAUUGUGUUGUUUAUGGCUAUGAUGAUGAUAAUGACAAUGGUGUUGAUGAUGACCGGAGAUGGUCCUAUCGCUAGCUUUUGAUAGUGAAAAUUGUUCCUGGACUUUAUAUUUUGAUGACUUAAGGUAAUGUUGAGCAACUAACUAUUGAAUGUGAAUGCUAACUCUCUGUAAAAAAUUCCCCUUGGAAGGCUUUCCAUAUCUUAGUUCAUAGGUGCUCAUUCCUCUC